ACCGCCACUUUUAACCGUCUCUCAAUUUUGUUUCAUUCUUCCUUCACUCCCCAAAAAAUAACAUAACAAUUUCGAUUUCGAUUUGAAUUCCGGCGCCGGGAAAAUGUCCUUCUCGGAUUCCGAGUGCUCCCAGGGCGCAGAGUACAAGACGCUCCGCCUCGUCAGCCGCGAUCGAUUAUUGUAUGAAAUGCUCCAAGAUGCUAAAGCAGGAGGUACGAGAUCAUCAUGGAAGGUACUCAUCAUGGACAAAGUUACUGUAAAAGUGAUGUCUCAUUCAUGUAAAAUGGCAGAUAUCACAGACCAAGAUGUUUCAUUGGUGGAAGAACUUUUUAAAAGGAGAGAGCCUAUGCCUUCAAUGGAUGUAAUAUACUUCAUGCAGCCUGCCAGGGAGAACCUCGUCAUGUUCUUGUCUGACAUGUCAGGAAGAGAACCAUUAUAUAGGAAAGCAUAUAUAUACUUUAGUACACCUGUACCGAAAGACCUAGUGUCUCACAUCAAGAGUGAUAGUAGUGUUAUGCCACGUAUUGGUGCCCUAAGAGAGAUGAAUUUGGAGUACUUUCCCAUAGAUACUCAGGCAUUCACAACUGAUCAAGAAAAUGCACUUCGAGAACUCUUUGGUGCUGAGAAUACUAGCAGGGCUGACGCAUGUUUGAAUCUAAUGGCCACGAGACUUGCUACUGUUUUUGCUUCAUUAAAGGAAUUUCCUUUUGUGAGGUAUAAAGCUUCCAAGGGAGGGGAUGGCGACAAUGGAAAUGGUCGAGAGUUAAUUCCCAAGAAGCUUGCUGAAGCAGUUUGGAAGAACAUCACAACUUAUAGAUCUUCCAUUCCCAAGUUUCCAACAGCGGAAACUUGUGAAUUACUUAUAGUGGAUAGAUCGAUUGAUCAGAUAGCUCCCAUCAUUCAUGAAUGGACGUAUGAUGCUAUGUGUCAUGAUUUACUAGACCUGGAAGGAAAUAAAUAUGUACACGAGAUUCCUAGCAAAUCAGGUGGUGAGCCUGAAAAAAAAGAAGUCCUCUUGGAAGAUAAUGAUGCUCUCUGGGUUGAGCUCAGGCAUGCUCACAUCGCAGAGGCUAGUGAACGGUUGAGUGAGAAGAUGACGAACUUUGUUGCUAAAAACAAAGCAGCUCAAUUACAACAGAGAGAUGGUAGUGAGUUGUCCACAAGAGACAUACAGAAAAUGGUUCAAGCUUUGCCACAAUAUAAUGAACAGAUGGAGAAACUCUCAAUCCAUGUUGCGAUUGCUGGGAAACUCAAUACACUUAUCAGAGAUUUGGAUCUUCGGGACCUUGGACAACUGGAGCAGGAUCUUGUAUUUGGUGAUGCAGGAACGAAGGAAGUUAUCACUUAUCUGAGAUCGAACCAGGAUGGAUCAACCGAGAAUAAGUUGAGGCUUUUGAUGAUAUAUUGUGGUGUCAGCCCAGAGAAAUUUGAGGGUGACAAAGCAGACAAACUCAUGCAGUUGGCAAAAUUAUCAGAAGCGGACAUGCAAAGUGUCAAAAAUAUGAAAUUAAUUGAGGCAACAGAUUCCAGAAAGACUUCAGGGGGUACUUUCUCCCUUAAAUUUGAUUCAGCAAAGAAAAAAAAUGCAGAAAGAAAAGAUCGAGCUGGAGAUGAAGAGGAGGGGUGGGCACUAUCUCGGUUUUAUCCCAAGUUAGAGGAGUUAAUUGAGCAGUUGGGUAAAGGAGAUUUGCCAAAAGACGAGUACCAAUGCGUGAACACUGCCAGCGACUCGAGUAGUGGAGGCUCAAAGAUUCCACCAACUAAACCAAGCCAAUCUACUACUGCUCCCCAUUCUAUGAGAUCAAGACGGACCGCACAGUGGGCCAAAUCUCGUACUUCUGAUGAUGGAUAUUCAAGUGAUUCAGUCCUGAAAACUGCCAACACUGAUUACAAAAAGAUGGGACAACGCAUCUUUGUGUUCAUAAUCGGUGGAGCAACGAGAUCCGAGCUUAGGGUUUGCCAUAAACUUACAACCAAAUUAAGAAGAGAAGUAGUCCUUGGAACAACUAGCCUUGAUGAUCCACCUCAAUAUAUUACGAAACUUAAGCUAUUGUCAGAAAAGGGGCUUCCAAUGGAUAACAAUAACAUAUUUUUCUGAAAAACGGAAGGCUUAUUUUAUGCCCCUCGCAAACAGCAGCAGUCUAAUUUGCAGGAAUCUUUGAAUAUAAUCUCGACACGGUUGAUAUAUAUGAAGCAAAAAAUCAAAAGCUGGAUAUACAAUUGGCUUGUGAAUGGAGGAGUUUGUUGAAGAAGCCAAAUUGGAUAUGGAACUUAAAUUUUGGUAGCCGUUGAAGCUCUUAAAUUCCAACUUAAUCGCAAUAUU